AUGAACUGUGCCUUCCUGUUUUAUGGUAAACCCUGCAGCGGGAAGGACACCUUCAUAAAUCUACUCUUAAGGAAGAGGAAGCAGCUGGAGUUGUUCCUUUACCUUUUUCAACAUUUGGUCCAAAAAAAUGAGUCCUACAUACGUUUAAGGGAGAAAAUAUUUUUUAUCCAACUGAUUAAAUAUUAUUAUCGGAUUGGUAACCGGAAGAGGAAGGUUACGAUAUCUUGGAAUCAUGUGGGAGAGACUGAUCGGAUAGUGUCCUUCCGCUUUUUGAACCAACUAACGAGGCAUCUUCUUCGCAUUUGGUGGACCUAUGGGUGGGACCCGGGUGCGGGCUCUAAAAGGGGAACAAAAAGGGCUAAAAAUGGGAGGGAAAAGGAACAACUCCCAUGUGGAGCUCCUCCAACAGGAACCACCCGUCAACUUGUCUCAAACGUGCGCAAAGUACCCCAUAGAAACUCUCUCAGGAGAAGAACUAAGUUACCCAACCAGUCAAGCAACUCCCGCCUCAUUUGCUACCUGUACAGUCAGAAGGAUAAAUGGAUGUGUCAUUAUCGUUCCUACCUACGUAGAAAUAAAAUAAAAACUUUUAACAUAUCGCUAGAUUAUAUAGAAAAGCAGUUAUAUCGUGGACACCCCCCUCGAGUGACCUCCUUAAGUCUAGCGAAAGUUGGUCAAAAACAAUUUCAUCUCUUGCUGAACAGAAGGUACACCGUUUAUGGCAGGGAGAAACAUCACGGGGGGGGGGUCUACUACCCUAUCGCGCAAAAUCAGCAGAGUAGUAACAACCCGCGCGGGGGGAUGGCUGAGCAUGUCUUUAUCCUCCUCAACGACACAUUCCACCUGCCCUCAAUGAGGAAGAAGUACUACCUUUUGUGCAGGAGGUACCACUUUAACUACGCACAGAUUUACCUGAACGCGCCCCUCAGCAUGUGUUUAGAACGAAACCGACGCAGAAAAAAAUUCAAGCCCAUAGCAGACAAAACGAUUGUGCGGAACCACUUUUAUCACCAGAAAUAUGCCGUGCGGGUUAGGGGAGCAGGUCAAACGAGAUCACCCAACCGGGUUACUGUCGUACGUGGGGGGAGGAAGUGGCAGAAGGGGGUUUUCUCCAUUCAGGUGGACUCCUCAGCUCCGGAAAAGGUUUGCCUCGAGGAUGCGCGUACGUACUGCGACUCAUCUAUAGCCAUUUGGACGAAUUCAGAAAUGAAGCUGGAGGGAACCAGAUAG